AUGGAGCUGAAUGGGAGCGCCGAAACGGUGGUCGAUUUGGCUCCGCAGGAUGAUUGCCAACCAAAUUUGCAGCUGUUUUUGGUAGGUUUAAAUUUUUUGGUGUCUGAAAAAAUACUUUUUUUCCUUCAAACUUUUCACGUAUCUCGCGCAAAAAUUUCAAAAAAAGUUUAUGGUUUUCGAAGCCGGGGAAAAAAUCUUUUAUGUAUACGAAUUUUGCGCCAAUAAAUUAUAACGUAGAUUUCCACAUUUUGAUUUCUGAUGACAUUUUUUCCUCAAGCUCGGCAAAAAAAUCGCAAUUUUCGGUCCGAGUAUUGCUCUGUUUUGUUAAAAUUUUUAGCCCUAAUUUUGCUCGCGCUCUGCAGAUACGACCGAGGUUUUUAGCUCGAAAGUUGGCAACUUUUUCCAAAUUCUAGCCUAAAAUAUUCCUUCUAGUCCAAGCUGGACCGGAUCCACCUUUGGCGUGAUUGAAAAAUAAAUGUACAUAUGGCCAAAAAAAGAAUUCUUAUCUCUGGCCCUUUCCUCAAACCGCAAAGAUUGCUGAAUAUCUCACGUCCAAUCCAUUGAUUUCUCAACCCUUCUCCCUCAAUUUCAGCCCUUCAAAUUCAUUUUCGUUGGCCUGAUCGGCGCCACCGUUGCCGUUUGCUCAAUCAUGCACAACCUCCUCCUCAUCCACACCUUCCAAACCUCAUCCACGCUGCGCAAGCGGCGUCUCACAUAUCUGAAGAGCGUGUGUUUGUGUGACAUUCUCACGUCGGCCUCGUAUCUCUGGAUCAUGAGUGGGCAAAUCUACGCGGAAUACUUUGAAUGGGAGUGGCUGUUCCGCGCGUGGCAUCAUGUGUUGAACUUCACUUUUACAAUUUCGAAUGUGAAUAUUUGCACGGGCUCGUUUUUGCUGGUGUCCGCAACUUUGGAGAGGUAUCUGCAGAGUGUGCCGAGGGCGAGGUGAGGAGUUAUAUUGGUUUUCGGAGGAAAAAUAAAAAAAAUUUUUUUUUUUUGAUUUUUUUUUAAUUUUCAAAUUCAAUUUUUUUGUCCCUUACGUCUAAUAUCAUCUCCUGAAGAAGGCAAAAAUAAUACUUCGACUCCAUUUCAGAUGCGCAAAAAUGGCCAAAGUGAUGGCUAAAAAUCGAUCUUGCGGUGUGGCAAUGGCACUGCUAUUAGCGGUCAUCUUCAGAGGCAGUAUUUUCUUCGAGAUUGAGGUUAGUUCUCUUCCUUUUUUAUUAACUUUUUAAAAAAAAAUAGCUCAAUUUUCUUCGCAUACGAACCUUUAAUGUCUAAACCAAUAUAAAUUUGCCCUAAUAUCCUCUCCGUUUCCAGAUCUAUUACCGCAAUUGCCCUGGCCUCGCCGCGAUGGGAGUAAAACUCAGCGACUUGGCGCUGGAGCCCGGCUACAAUACAAUCUGGCGGUUUUGGAUCCGAAGAUUGGUCACAAUCUUCUUGCCCUUCUUCGUUAUGGCUUGGUGUAAUACGAUGAUUGUGUUGAGCACGCACAAAAACGAACGAGGCCAUUUUUUGAGGGCUUUGGUCCUUUUCGGCGCGGAUGGAAAACCGUGAGUUUGACAUUCAAAAAAUCUUUUGAAGGACUGUGCACGCUAUUCUAUUUUUUGUUAAAUUAAACUUACAAUUGCAAGAAAAGAAGUCUUUGACGUGGGGCAAGAUUUUUUGAUCAAAACUCGAUAACCUAGAAGCUUCUUUUGCUAUUUUGGGGUUAUAAAUUUUAGGAUCAGUUCUUAUACUACAGGUUGGGCAGAUAACAUUUUACAACACAAUCAAAUUAAAAAUAAAAACUUUUUGGGCGAAAACCGUUUGUCGUCUGACCGACUCUCCUCAUUUCGCAUGGUCUCUCUCAAAAAUAAAUCAUUGAUUAUCAAGGUCGCCUCUGAAAAAAGCGGGCAGAGAUUUUCAAAAAUUAAUAUUUCGUUAUAUAUAUGUAGUUCAGAACAUGUAUGCAAAAUUCUAAGCAAAUCUGAGAGCCUAUCUUCAAGACUUUUUCCUACUACAGUGGCGGACCUGAUUCAGUGACAAAAAACGUGCCAUUUUGCAUCCGGGGAAUAUAAAAAAAUGUAGCAAAAUACUUCCCUCUUCAAGUGAAAAAUCUCCAAUUUGAAAGGUCCCUCACAAAAAGAGCGGGCGCGCUUUUCAAAUCGAAGUUUUUUCACUUGGAGAGGGAGAUAUUUUGCUACAUUUUUUGAUACUUCCCGGAUGCAAAAAUACUACGUUUUCUGUCACUGGAUCGGUCCUUCACUGUAUAAAGCGAUACCUAAAAAUCGUGCACUAUUUCUUUUUCAUACAAAUUGUUCAUCAAGACUUUUUUCAGUGAAACACCAAACGCCCCUCGAAGUCGGGUUCGGGCCGCAACGCGAAUGUUGAUCGCGGCCGUAACCCUCUAUUUGUGCGCCAACUUUCUCGACGUCUUCAUCGCCACCUGGGAGUACAUUGACUCCGCCUCGUUGCAGCGUCUGGACGGGUUCUACACAAUCGCCACGGACGUCUCCUCACUGCUGUCGGUGGUGGCGGCGGCGGCGCGCCUGCCCGUCUACAUGAUGACGGACCGCUUCAUUCGGGAGGAGAUCCAAGAAAGAGUAAGGGGUUUAUGGCCAUUGGUACGAAAAUUGGACUACAGGUCUGGCCGCCACGCACCGAUCUCGAAGCCGGCAAGGACAUGAACUGGUUCUCGCGCCAAACGCUGAGAUGGUUGGACCAUGUGCGGCGGUGGAGCGACCAGGACAAGCAGCAGAUUGUCAUCGUUUAG